AAAUUUCCUUUUGACCGUUGAUAUGAUGAAUAAAAAACAUUUCUGCCAUUUUUUUUAGCUAGUAGGCUAUUUCCUUGUCUUGGAAACUUCAAAUAAAAAUAUUUAAACCACAAAUUGCCCUAUAAAUAAUAAACAUUGUUCUCCUCCUCGUUGAUCAUUACUCUUCUUUUUUACUUUUAUAAGAUACCCAAAAGCGAGAUCCAAUAAAAUUCUCAUCUUUACCUCAGUUCCUCUAAAUUUUAAGGCAUUUCUUUGGGAUCCAUCUCUCUCAAUUGUGGUCCAAAUAUGCCUCACGGAACUCUUGAAGUCCUUCUUGUUGGUGCUAAGGGUCUUGAAAACACCGAUUUUCUCAAUAACAUGGACCCUUAUGUCGUCCUCACUUGUCGUAGCCAGGAGCAGAAAAGCAGUGUUGCUUCAGGGAAAGGGAGUGAACCAGAAUGGAAUGAGAAUUUCGUAUUUACGAUAACAGAUGGUGUCACAGAACUCACAUUGAAAAUCUUGGACAGUGAUUUUGGUACUGCAGAUGAUUUUGUUGGAAAAGCAACCAUUCCACUUGAGCCAUUGUUUAUGGAAGGAAAACUCCCACCAACGGCAUACAAUGUCAUCAAAGAUCAAGAGUACAAGGGAGAGAUUAGAGUGGGCCUCACCUUCACCCCUCAGGAAAACUGUAACCAUGGUCACGAGGCGGAGGAGGAAAGCUUUGGAGGAUGGAAACAGUCUUCAGUAGCUUUCUAAUAAGCACCUUGGUUUGGAAACGGCAAGGAUUAAACUUUUUGGCCAGUUUGGAAAUGGCAAAGUCUCUGAUUUAAUGUCGAAUGUGUUGCGAGGACUUGUUUUCAUGAUGUAAUGUCAAUGUGUUUUAAGAAUAUUUUGGUGUUGAUUGACUUGGAUUUGCGCUUCGCAUAAUAAUAGUAAUCCGUUUCCCAUUUGCCCCCA